AUGUGCCGAGAUUCAAUAACAAAUGUCGGAAUAAUCGAGAAUAGCGUUGUUGGUGAACCGACAGUGGAAUGCGGUCUGGAUGGUAUUGAAAUCGAUGUGAUCACUCUGAAUUCAUUUUUUGGCAGAUUGUAUGUUCAGGGUGAAAGUGAUGAUCCAAAUUGUGUAACAUCACAUUAUGAGGAUGAGCAGCAACAAUUGUACACUCUCGAUAGAACAGCAAACGAGCAACAGUUAAAAUUUUCGCUGAAAUUUGGUGAAUGCAAUAUGCGUCGUCAGCGUACGCUGAAUCCACGUGGUGUUGCUUACACAUUUACGCUGAUUGUAUCAUUCCAUCCGGUAUGA